AUGAGUACCCGUUACUCGUGCGACUAUGCCGUCCGUGCAGCUGGUUGCAAGAAAUGUAAAUUGCAACUACCUAAAGGAGAAUUACGCUUGGCGAAGGUCACGCCCAAUCCGUUUGUCCAAAAUGCGGAAGGACCUCCACCGGAUAUGAAAUCGUAUUUUCAUCCAAUUUGUCUUUUUGACACUUUCAUGAAGGCUCGCGCCACAACAAAAGUGAUUGAGGAGCCCGGUGAUCUUGAAGGUUGGAUUGACAUGACUGAUGAAGACAAGGUGAAAGUCACCGAGCUUAUCGAUGAUUUGGUGAAAACACGCGAGAAAAAGGGAGGCGGCGUUCAGAGGACUUUGACACCAAUUGUUAAAAAAGCUGUCAAAAAGGAAGAGGAUAGUGAGCAGCAAAGCAGUGCUAAGGCAGCUGCCUUCUUCAGCAAGAGAGAACCAUUGAAGGCUGUGAAAAAGGAAGAACCGGAAACGGAAGAGAGUAAAGCGAACCAAGAAAGCAAAUUCAAUUUGUUUACAAAGUUGUGCAAACUUUGCGAGCUCAUUGCAGACGUUAACAAGCAUCUUGACAAAGCCGAUUGUAUUUUUGGAGUACCACCUGCGAAACUCACAGACGAGUAUAAUAAGAAUGGCGACAUUUCGCAAACAAUUAAAGAAGCCGCUGAGAAUUUCAAAUUUUCUGUUGAAAAGAGCGAUUGGAGUAUUCAAAAGAUUGAUCGUUGGCUAGAUAAACUUGCACAAAAAACUCACGAUGAAGAUCAGCUGGAGCAUCUACGUUUUGCUACAAAAAGGCUUUCUCCACGAGAAUUGCAAUACCUUCUGCGGUUGAUCAAAAAGGACAUGCGGUUUAACGCAGGUGCAAAAGUCAUCUUUGAUGGUUUUCAUCCCAAUGCUUAUGAGGCUUUCCAGAGUUGCAGGGAUCUAGCGGAUAUUGUCAAACGAGUUGAAACAGGAGCAAUUUCAGGGGAAAAGUCCUCGCUUGCGGUGAACAUCACUCUUGGAACACCAAUUCUUCCUAUGUUGGCUGAGGCAUGCAAGAGUGUUGAAUUUGCCAUGAAAAGAUGUUCAAAUGGAAUGUUGGCUGAAAUCAAGUACGAUGGAGAACGUGUUCAAAUACAUAAAAAGGGAGACAAAUUUGACUUUUUUUCACGUUCGCUGAAGCCUGUGGUAAAACACAAGGUUGCUCUCGUUGAUAAGUAUAUUGUCAAAGCUUUCCCUGAUGCCAAAGACCUGAUUUUGGAUGCCGAAAUUUUGAUGGUUGACACAGCUACUGGCAAACCUCUUCCCUUUGGAACACUUGGUAUUCACAAAAAAGAGAAAUUCUCGAAUGCUGUUCCUUGCUUGUUUGUAUUUGAUUGUCUGCUUUAUGAUGAUGUACCUGUUAAGGACAAGCCGCUCUCCGAAAGGAAGAAAUUCUUGGAAGAUACCUUAAAGGAGGUGCCAAAUCACGUGAUGCACAGUAAUUAUCAAGUGAUCAAGCAUGGAGAAAAUCAUAAAUUGAAAACUAUGAUUCUCAAAGCCAUUGAUGAAGGAUUGGAAGGGCUUGUUCUCAAGGAUUUGAAUGGAGUGUAUGAGCCUGGAAAGCGCCAUUGGUUGAAAGUGAAGAAAGAUUAUUUGGAGGAUGGUGGUAUGGCUGACACUGCUGAUUUGAUUGUUCUUGGAGCUUAUUAUGGAACUGGAAACAAAGGCGGUAAAAUGUCGGUCUUUCUGAUGGGAGUAUAUGAUGAAGACACUGAAACGUAUCGGACUGUUUGUAAAAUGGGUAAUGGACACACAGAUGAAGUUCUCGACAGGUUGAACAAGGAAUUGAAGCCAAAAAUGCGUGCUAUUAAACGAGAUGUCGAAAAGCUUCCCAAAUGGCUUCGUUGUUCUUCUCAAUUGUGCCCAGAUUUUGUUAUGAUGGAUCCAAAGCAAGCACCAGUUUGGGAAAUUACAGGCGCCGAAUUCUCUCGAUCCACAAACCAUACGGCUGACGGAAUUUCGAUUCGUUUUCCACGUGUGACAAAAAUUCGUGACGACAAAGAUGUAGAAACGGCUACAUGUCUCAGGGAAUUGAAGAUCUUGUUCGAAAAUUCAAAAGAAAAAAGUGAUGUUGAUAAAGACGAAGAUGAUUCACUCCCAAUUUAUUCAAAAGACAAGCUAGCUCUGGGACAAGCAAUGCACGAUUCGGAGGGCGAAGAUGAUGACACAAAGCAUUUAUUGAAGCAAGAAAAUGAACAAAAUGUCGCUGUUGAGAACACAUCGCCCAAAGCGCAGCCCAAGGAAGAGAAAGCUAGAAGAGGAAAAGAGCCCUAUGACAAAAAAGACGAGCAGAAGGACUUGCCAGCUUGCAAAUGGGGAUCACUUUGUAGUCGAAAGAAUCCACAGCACUUGAAGGAGUUUGCUCAUCCAAAGAAG